AUGUGUAAAGAUGUUGGAAUACUGGAGGAUGAUUUGCUUGUGUUUAGCAGAAUUGAUGAUGUUGUUUUUGACAUAGUAGUUUAUAGAGAUGAAACUGAGAUUCGCUUUUCGAAGAAACCUGAAUCUGAUGAUGAUAGUGUGCUUGAGAUAUCGAUGGUUGAUUAUGUUGAGAAUGGCAUCUAUGAGGAUGAAGAAGUAGUGUAUGUAGGUGAAGGAAGAACCGUUACUCAGAAGAAGUUACAAACGAAUGCCGAAUGCACGUCGAAGAGACGCAUGUCUUCACGAUUGAAUAAAACACAAGAUGUUAAGAAGAAAGGUAAAGUUACUUCUGAGAGAAAGGAGACGGUCAAGAAUAUGACUAAGGGAAAUGCUGCCUUACCUGUCUACACAAGUGAUCAUAUUGGAUGUUCUUCAUCUGCUCACAAAGUUAAGGGGAAGAGAGCCGCCAACGUUCAGAAAAAGCUUAUCCGUAGAAAUAAUAUUAUAAAGACUGCAAAAAAACAUUCUGGACAUCUUCUCGACCCUGAGUUCUUUCAUUUUGAUCGCAAAGGAGACUAUAGGCUGCGUCUUCCUGUUAAAGUUGCCAGACGAGCAGGUCUUUCUGUUGAUCUUCAUCCUUUGAAAGUUCAAAACAUGGUUGGAGUUGUGGAGGUUUAUGAUGUUAAGUCGGAGUUAAAUGAUUUGAAGCCACGUUAUGCGUUGGACGGUUGGCGAAAGUUUAUGACUGAGAGUAAGUUGAGGUUUGGUGAUAUGUUGCACUUCACAUACGUGUCUUCGGAACAGAAGAUCAUAUGA